UUUUCUAUCUAUAUUUUCAGAGACAUCUUUAGAUUCCAACCCUCUCAAGGAAUUGUGAAGAAUGGAUUUAGAGGAUUCAAGCUUAAGUUUUCAAUCCUCUCUUAGCGUACAGGAAGGAAGAUUAAACAUGUGUCAAUCCUCUCCUAGCGUUCAGGGAGGAAGAUUAAACAUGCGUCAAUCCUCUCCUAGCGUUCAGGGAGGAAGAUUAAACAAGUGUCAAUCCUCUCCUAGCGUUCAGGGAGGAAGAUUAAACAUGUGUCAAUCCUCUCCUAGCAUACAGGAAGGAAGAUUAAACAUGCGUCAAUCCUCUCCUAGCGUUCAGGGAGGAGUAUUAAACAUGCGUCAAUCCUCUCCAUGCGUACAGGGAGGAGGAAUAAACAUGCGUCAAUCCUCUCCUAGCGUACAGAGUGGAGGAUUAAACAUGCGUCAAUCCUCUCCUAGCGUACAGAGUGGAGGAUUAAACAUGCGUCAAUCCUCUCCUAUCGUACAGGGAGGAGGAUUAAACAUGCGUCAAUCCUCUCCUAGCGUACAGGGAGGAGAAUUAAACAUGUGUCAAUCCUCUCCUAGCGUACAGGGAGGAGGAUUAAACAUGCGUCAAUCCUCUCCUAGCGUACAGGGCGGAGGAUUAAACAUGCGUAAUACUGGUUUCUUGGAACACCAGAUAGUUGGAACAGUAGUUCGGGAUGGGACGGAAUAUACAGACAUCAAUUCUUCAGGAAGAGACUGUAGACUUAAAUCUCAUUUGAGGGCAAGCAACAAAGAAAAGAGGUUGAGGUCUGUAUCUGAGAGUGGAAGGAGUCCUGGGAGUACUGGGAGUCCAGGGAGCUCAGGGAGCUCAGGGGAUUGGUCUACCCUAGAAGCAAGAAACUUUUCUAGAACAAGUUCUGGAAUAUUCUGUAGAAUCUGCCACGAUGCAGAUGGAGCUGAAGCUUUGAUAUCUCCUUGUCAGUGUUCAGGUUCUGUUGCCUUGGUUCACAGGACUUGUAUUGAGAAAUGGCUUUCAACGGUUAACAAUGAUACUUGUGAACUCUGUCAUCAUAAAUAUAUGAUCUCAAGGCAUCCGCGUCCAUUUGUGACCUGGCUGUGUGCCCCAUCUGUUGAAGAUGAUCAGCGUAACCUUGUUGGAGAUAUUAUUUGUUUUAUCCUGCUGACCCCUCUAGCUGGGAUAUCUACAUAUCUCUGUGCAUCCGGAGCCUCAUUCUAUCUCAAGGCAAAAUUGUUCAGCUUAAUUUAUAAACUAGCUUAUAGGAACAGCUUAUAG